GGGUUUAACUAGUAGGGAGCGUCAAUUCAUAGAGAUGAUGUGUAAUGGGGAGUAUUUGCAUAAAGACCUAGAAGAAGCCAUAGAUUAUUUAAAUGAGUUAGCUGAAAAAGCUCACACUUGGACAGGAUCUAGUGCCACUGAUAGUACUAAUAGGUCAAGAUCAUCUGGGAUUUACCACCUUAGGGAGGAAGAUAACCUUAAAGCCCAAUUAGAAGCUACGACUAGGGAACUUGAGACCUUAAAAAUGAAAAAUAGAGUCACCCACACAAUUGCUAAGGUAGAAGCUCAGGCUCCAUGUUUUGUUUGUGGGGGAUUGGAUCAUUUAGCUCAAGAUUGCCUAACCUAUCUUGGAGGAACCAUCCCAAUUUUAGUUGGAAGGCUAAUCAAAACCAUCCCACAUCGUCUAGCAAUACUUGGAAUAGUGAAGCUCAACCAUGCAAGUCUUACCCCUACACCUCAAUACAAUGCACGACCAAAUAGGAAUCCUUUAGAGGAAACUCUUAAGGCAUUUAUGGAGGCACAAAAUAAGACUAACCAAAAGUUUGAUUCUAUUUUUACACAGGUGGUUGAAGAAAACAAAGAUAUCAAGAGUCAACUAACUAAGUUGACCAAUGCUCUUACUAUCCAAGAACGAGGUAAGAUUCCAUCUCAACCUCAAGCUAAUCCUAAAAAUUUACAUUUGGUGCAGGAAUCUAUCUUUAAUUCCGAGAACAUUAUAGGGGUCAACGCAAUCAUGACUCGUACUAGUAAGGUUAUAGAGCCAUUACAAAAAUCACCUCAACUAAAGGACACUACUCCAAGUAACCAUGAAGACGACCUGUUGGAAAAGCCUGAGAAAAAGGUCCCACUUCGAGUUCCUUUCCCUCAAGCUCUCAAAACUGGAAAGAUUUCAGACAACCAAGGUGAGAUUUUAGAAAUUUUGAAACAAGUUAAGAUUAAUCUACCUUUGUUGCGUGUGAUUAAACAGGUACCAACUUAUGCCAAAGUGAUCAAGGAUCUAUGCACCAUGAAAAGGAAACACCAUGUCAAGAAAACUGCAUUCUUGAUAGAACAAGUAAAUGCGCUAGAUCUUGGAGAGAUAAAACCCACAUCUGUGGUGUUACAAUUGGUUGAUCGUUAUUGUAGGAAACCAAGAGGGAUAGUAGAAGAUGUUUUGCUUCAGAUUGAUAAAUUUUAUUAUCCUGUUGAUUUUCUUGUGAAUGGUUUGAUGAAACUUUCAUUUGGGAACAUGACUCUUGAGGAUAAGCAAAAGAAGUUUUGGCAACCACGCUUUGAGGAGUUGCCAUGUGAAAGGGAACAACCAAAGCCAUCUUCACGAGAGACACCAAAAGUCGAGUUAUCCCCACUUCUUGAAGGGUUGAAACAUGCAUUCUUGGGUCCAGGUGAUACCUUUCCUGUUAUAAUAUCUUCUAAACUUAGUGCUGAGCAAGAGGAGAAAUUGAUACAUAUAUUAAACGAACAUAAAUCUACACUAGGUUGGACUAUAGCUGACAUUAAAGGUAUAAGCUCGUUGAUUUGUUCUCAUAGGAUUCAUUUAGAAGAAGGAUCUAUCCCACGUAGAAACCCUCAAAGAAAAUUGAACCCAACAAUGAAAGAAGUUGUGAAAAAAGAGGUCUUGAAAUUGUUAGAUGCAGGAAUCAUAUAUCCUAUAUCUGAUAGUAAAUGGGUUAGUCCUACUCAAGUAGUGCCAAAGAAAUCAGGGGUAACAGUAGUUGAAAAUGACGAGGGAGUUCUUGUACCAACUAGGGCAGUAACUAGGUGUGAGGAAAAAGGAGUUGUGCUUAAUUGGGAAAAAUGUCAUUUCAUGGUGUCUUCAAGUAUUGUUUUGGGACAUAUUGUGUCUGAAAGAGGAAUAGAGGUUGAUAGGGACAAAAUUGAGUUGAUCUCUAAAUUACCUACACCCAAAACGUUUAAUGACUCCAAUAUUGAAAGUUCACCAAUUCGAGAUGACUUCCCUGAUGAACAUUUGCUCACUGUUAGCCAAGUUCCAUGGUGCCAAAAGUUAGGUGCAUUAACUCGUCGUCACAUGAUGCCUCUUAACCCAAUUCUAGUCAUUGAGAUUUUUGAUUGUUGGGGUAUUGAUUUCAUGGGACCAUUUCCAUCUUCUUUUGGUUACCUUUGUAUUCUUCUUGCUGUUGAUUGUGUGUCUAAAUGGGUUGAAGCUAUACCUUGUCGUACCAAUGAUAACAAAGUAGUUGUUAAGUUCUUCAAAGAAAAUGUGUUAUCUAGGGAGGUAAAACAAAUUUUAGAGAAAACAGUAAACCCAAACAGCAAAGUUUGGUCUUUACGCCUUUCAGAUGCACUAUGGGCAUAUCGCACUGCCUAUAAGACUAUUCUUGGGAUGUCUCUGUAUCGGCUUGUAUAUGGGAAAGCAUGUCAUUUGCCUGUGGAACUUGAACAUAAAGCUUAUUGGGCUACUAAAGCACUUAAUUUUGAUUUGAAUGCUGCAGGAAAGUUAAGGUUUAGAUGGACAGGGCCAUUUGUGGUGAAACAGGUUUUCCCUAAUGGUGCGGUUGAGAUUGAGGAUCCAAUCGAUGGGAGAAAUUUUCGAGUUAAUGGACAACGAUUGAAGCAAUAUGUGGAGCGAGUAGACCAACCUGAGGAGAUCACUCUCGUGACUCCAAUCUAUGAGACAUAAUCAGGUUUUAUCUUUCCAGACUAUCAUUUGUUUUUCUUAUUUUCUUCUAUUAGUUUUUCUUUUAUUAGUUUUUCUUUAGGUUUCCUUCCCUAGUUAUUACAUUUUAGGGUUGCCUUUGUUUCUUUUAUGCCAGUGAGGAACACUGUCUCGUUUAGGUUGGGGGUGGUAGCAUUGCAUGCACAUU